ACCCUGCACUUUUAUCCACCGCCUCAUAAAAACAGAUACAAAACCAAAAUGUCACAAAACUCCGAUCACCGCCGUCUCAAAAUUGUCGCCGGCGCCGACCCAUUUGGCUGCGUACUCAAAGACACCCUCGUCUCCCACCUCAAAUCCCUCAAUAUCGACGUGGAAGAUCUCGGCACCGACGACUACUACACCAUCGGCGAAAAAAUCGGCCAAACAAUCAGCACCGCCUCCACCACCUCACCGGAAACCGAAAUCCGGGGCCUCGUCGCAUGCGGCACCGGGUCCGGCGUUUCCAUCUUCGCCAACAAGUUCCCCGGCGUCUACGCCGUCACUUGCCUCACACCCUCCGACGCCGUGAACGCCAGGUCAAUCAACAACUGCAACGUGAUCGCCGUUUCCGGCAUGUCGACGUCACCAGAUACCGCCAUUGAAACACUAAACAGUUUCCUCAACACCCCUUUCAAGUCCCCUUGUCCCGCUUCAAAAUCAGAACCCUGGCCCGAAGAAAUCCAAUCAUUUCUAGACGAUUCGUUAUCCAAAAUGUCGAAAAUCGGAACAAAAACCAAUUCCACCAGCACGUGUUCUAUAUGUAGUUUAGCAAAUAACCGAGAAUUUAGGCCAGUUGAGAUAAUGCCAGGGGGGUCAAUGAAAAUAGUUAGAGACAACCCGACAUCCGCGAUCGUUCGAUUCGCGAAAGGGAGUAUCGAGCCGGGACAUCAUCAUAGGUUCGGACAUGAUGUGGUAGUGAUGAAAGGGAGAAAGAUAGUGUGGAAUUUGAGUAAGAAUGGGGAGAGAGUUGAAUUGGGGGUUGGGGAUUAUUUGUAUACACCUGGUGGGGAUGUGCACAGAGUCAAGUAUUUGGAGGAUACAGAGUUUUUUAUAAGGUGGGAUGGGGGUUGGGAUAUUCAGUUGGAUGAAGAUCUUGCUACUGCUAAUGCUAAGUUGGAUAAUGAAGUUUGAUUAACAUUAAGUUCCUUUUUCUAUACUACUAGCGUGUAAUGCUUAAGUUUUGUCUCAUAAAUAAAGGUGUUUACUUGACUGUUUGUAUGGUUGUAAAGAUAGAUAAUGAGCCAUUACUUGUGAGAUGAAUCCUUGGAUGUAUGUUUGUUGUUAGUUGCUGUUUGCCGCCUAAA